AUGCUUCGCGUCUCCCUGCUUUGGCGGGGCGUGAGCCCCUUCACGCUGUUUCUGAUGGACCAGAAGAACAAUCCGGCGCUGAAGGGGUGCGCCAUCUCGAAGCGAGGCCGCAUCCUCUCCAAAAUGUACAAGGAGCUCUCGCAGAACCAGCGGCGGGAGUUGAAACAGCGAGCGGCACGCCAUCCGACUCUUCCAAAGCAGACAAGAAAACAGCGGGAGGAGGCCGCGAGCCUGGCGAGGAGCAGACGCAAAGGGAAGUUUGCUAAAUUUGUGCGGGAAAACUACCACAAGGUGAAGAAGCUGAACUACCGCAAGCGCUUUGGAGCCCUUUCACAGCUCUACGAUGUGUCCAAGCCGCUAGAUGUUGAGAAGGAGAUUUCGAAGGCCCUUCCCAAAUCGAAGUCCAAAGCGCAAACCAAGAAGAAAGUGAAGGCAACCGUGAAGUCCAUGGCAGCCGAAGAAAAGAAAACGACUUCGGCCUCUAAGCGGGCGAAGUCAACGAGUGGUCGAAAGAAGAUCAAGAGUGUUGCCAAGAAGAUCACACGUAGCAAGGUGUGA